AGAUCAUACUUCCAAUGUCUACUCUUAUCCAAGAAUAAUUAUUCUUCAUCUGAAAUAAACUAUUGACUCUGAAUAUUCACAGUGAGAGGAAAUGAAGGAGAGGGCGAGGCUUUUCUCCUCUGCGCCGGACGCUGAUGCUGACUUCGUGCUGGAUGGACUCAGGAUUGCACGAAGGCAGAACUACUGGAAAUAGCUGCUAGUGCCUUCUACUACUUGGGAGAGCAAUAUUUACGAAAUCCGGGGAACAUAAUUGACGCAAUUCCAUUCGUUCGAUCGACUAGAUCCAACAUUUGAUAAGAGGUGGGAUGUGCAGUGCAUUCCCGACAUCGGGAAUAAGUUUUGGACUUCAAGGCUCGACUCAACCGCCCUAUAUUACAUGUUUAUCAGCUCGAUCCAUAGAACAUUUUGCUCUUUCAAUGCCUCACGCCCUUUACUGACUAUUUCCUCUCAAAUUAUACAUUCUAAAAAUGCCUUCCUCUUUUCUUGAAACCAAGACGCCGCCCAAGUACAGCUUUACCGACGACUACAGCGAAGGUGCUCAUCCGCAACUCCUCGAAGCUCUUGUGCGCACCAAUUCAACGCAGCAAGUCUCUUAUGGGAACGAUGAAUACAGCAGCGAAGCACGCCGAUUAAUCCAAAGAAAACUUUCUGCCACCGAGGAUGAGGUGGCCAUCCACUUCGUGCCCAGCGGGACCUCUGCCAACUUGAUCUGCAUCGCGAGCUGUUUACGGCCUUACGAGGCAGUGCUGACUGUCGGGUCAGGACAUAUUGUGGACAAGGAAGCGGGUGCCAUUGAAGCUACCGGACACAAAAUGAUUAUUGUCCCUGGAUCACGAGGGAAAAUGACGGCAGAAAACCUGGAGAAGACUGUCCGUCAGAAUCAAUUCUUCCCGCACAUGGCUAAACCGCGGCUGGUCUAUAUUUCCAACGCUACGGAAUUAGGAACCAUCUACACCAAGCAAGAGCUGGAAAGUAUCAGCGCAGUGUGCAAACGCUGGAACCUGUUACUUCACAUGGAUGGCGCUCGCAUUGGAGUCGCACUGAGUGCGCCGUCAAAUAAUUUGACACCGCGAGAUCUAGUCGAUCUAACAGACAUUUUCUGGAUUGGCGGGACCAAGAUGGGCGCAUUACUGGGGGAGGCCAUUGUUGUGCGGAGCCACUUGGCGGAAGGCUUUGCUUUCCACUUGAAACAACACGGCGCCUUGCUGGCCAAGGGUCGUAUCAUAGGUGCCCAGUUUGCAGAACUCUUCCGGGGAGAUCUCUUCUUUGAGCUGGCAACAAAUGCCAACAAGAUGGCCCAUAUGAUUUCCGACAAUUUCCAAACGUUGGGAUACCGAUUAUCGGCAAAAACAGAGACGAAUCAAGUUUUUGUAAUACUGCCAACAAGCUUGAUUCGCCGCUUAGAAGAGCGGUAUAGCUUCUAUAUCUGGGAGCACCUAGAUGAGCAACAAGCUGUGGUGAGGAUUGUCACGUCAUGGGCAACAAAUGCAUCAGAGGUGGCCGAUUUCAAUGCGUGGGUGAGACAGUGGACUUAAUUGCAUACGAGCUGAGCCAUCUUUAUAAAGUAUAACUAGCCUGGCUUUCAUCAUAUAGAUUUAAAUUAGACUUCUUAGUGUUAGACUUCAAGUGUUAGAUGCUCUGGGUCCUUGA